AUGCAGACCAAACAUUUCUUCUCAGAUCCAAAUCAUCUGGUUCUAACAGCACUCCACUCUCUUACCCUUACAAAUCCAUCUCUAGCAUUAGAUGCCCAGAACAAGGUCAUCUUCCGCCGGCCAGAUGCACCGCGCAAGAAAAACAAGGUCUCAAUCGUGACAGGCGGAGGUUCAGGCCAUGAACCUGCCUUUGCAGGCUUCGUCGGUCAUGGUCUUUGCGAUGCCUCAGUUGCAGGAACUAUCUUUGCUUCGCCGUCUGCAGAGCAGAUUCGCCGAGCUGCAAUUGACCGCGUGCCCACCGGUCAUGGCGUGUUUAUCAUCCCUAUGAACUAUACCGGUGAUGUGCUGAACUUUGGUAUGGCUGCUGAAAAGUGUCGUGCUGCAGGUAUUCGUACGGAGUUCUUUGCUAUCAAUGACGAUGUGGGUGUGAGUCGCGAAAAGGGUGGUAAAGUUGGUCGUCGUGGUAUUGGCGGUGGUGUUCUCAUCCUAAAGAUGGUUGGGGCAUUGGCAGAGUCUGGCGGCUCCCUGGAGGAGGUACAUGGCCUCGCCCAACUAGCCAAUCAAAACCUGGUCUCCAUUGGAACGUCCUUGGAACACGUCCAUGUUCCAGGCCGCGGUCUUCCUGAAGACAGUAUCCCACACGGACAGGCUGAGGUGGGCAUGGGCAUUCACAAUGAGCCUGGUUCUCACCGCGCAAAGGCAGACCUUGUCGCAUUGGUUUCAACCAUGCUGCAGCGAAUGCUCGGUGAAAACGAACCUGAAUUUUGCUACAUCACCCGCAAAGAUGAGGAUGAAUUUGUCUUGUUGAUUAAUAACCUCGGCGGCGUGAGUCAGCUCGAACUGGCUGGUAUCACCGAUGAGGUCUAUCGUCAACUCGAGCGCGACUACCGGGUGAAGCCGAUCCGUGUCACUCAGGGCACCUUCCUCACCAGUCUGAAUGGACUCGGUUUCAGCAUCUCGCUCCUGAAGCUGGCUGAUACUGGGCUCGGCGCGGGAAAGUCAAUGGUUGAGCUGAUAGAUGCUCCAGCAGAGGCUGUGGGCUGGUCUUCCCCGAUUCCUACCUCUACCUGGACCAACCGUAUCGACACCCCUGUUGAGCUCAAAGUCUCUAACCUAGCUGAGGAGAUACCCAGCAAUUUGAAAUUGGACCCCUACAUCGUGAAAAAGGUUCUCGGAGCAGGCCUGGAGCGAGUCAUCGCCGCCGAGCCCGAAAUUACUCGCUACGACACUAUAGUCGGCGAUGGCGACUGCGGUAUAGGACUAAAGCGAGGCGCAGAGGCAAUCCAAUCCCUCCUAGAAACCUCCGACCCACCACUAAGCGCCGACAUAGUGAACACAGUGAAUCGGAUCACAACAGUAGUCGAGAACGUAAUGGAUGGUACAUCCGGCGCUAUCUACGCAAUAUUCCUAAACGCACUAGUUCAUGGUCUCCGCGACCAAGACUCAGACACACCAAAGCAAGCAGACACAGUAGUGUGGGCCAAAGCGAUAAAACACUCUGUGACCGCAUUGAGCAAGUACACACCUGCCAAACCGGGUGACCGGACGCUCAUCGAUGCUCUUGUGCCCUUCAGCGAUACUCUCUUUGAUCAGCUUGAUGUGCGGGUUGCGGCUGCUGCUGCGAGGCUGGGCACUGAGUCGACUAAGAGUAUGAAGGCCAGUCUUGGUCGCUCAGUUUAUGUCGGUGGUGAAGAGGAGUGGAUUGGUAAAAUUCCCGAUCCUGGGGCUUGUGGUCUUGGUGAGUUUUUGACUGGGUUGGCCGAGGCGGUUUGA